AUGAUGGCAAGCAAUGACUCAAAGCGGAAUACCCUAGGAACGUUGUUUCCUUCAGCUGGGUCUGCCCAGAGAGUCCAGUCGCUACCUGACGGCACUAAGAAAGCCAGAAGGAAAGUGGAACUCGCACCUGGCCACUCACCUCUAGACUGGGCCCACUUGAAUCUGACUGCGCUGCGUGGUCAAAUGAGAGGAGUCCCAGAUCUGACCCCACCGCCGAACUACGUAAGGGUGACCUUGGAUCAGCUCAAGGCGCACAAAUAUCGCAAUGAUUGUUGGACGAGCAUAAACGGUAAAGUAUUCAAUAUCACGCCAUAUAUUGACUUUCAUCCUGGUGGAGCUGACGAGAUCUUGAAAUGUGCAGGUAGAGAUGGAACAAGCCUAUUUAAUAAAUACCACAGUUGGGUCAAUGCAGAUCGAAUGUUGGAAAAGUGCUGGAUUGGAAUUUUAGUGAAGUGA